GUAGUAAGAGUCACUGGCCAGGCGGUGAGGGCCGCAGGGACGUCUUCUGGUGACCAUAGCCCGAUGAUAUCAAACCACUGGUCUACUUAAUAGUCAAGGAGCAGAGUAGCCGUAGUCUUGAGGAAGUGUGAAUCUUCGAAGCUAAGCUGACUCAGUCGCGAACAAAAGCAAACAUAAUGCUGAGAGUGUACGUGCUGCUUGCCGCGGCGGUGGUGGGUGGCCUUGCUUGGGACUUCACCGAAAGUGAGCGCUAUCAGACAUGGGUGGCUGACUUGAAACCUGGCUUCACCGUGAAGAUGAACGAGAUCGAUGGUCGCCGUUGUUAUUGCAAGGUGCCUGUCGAGAGCUCCAGCAGCUUCAGUUUCAACCCUAUCGGCGUGCUGUCAUCCUCGUCUGUGAAAUCUUCCAGUUUCGAGUUCCACUUCCUGACCAAGCCGCCUACGGCUCGUAACAAUACCUAAACCUUAGGCCAGUUUGGGAUCCCCGCCGGGAAACGCAGACCUUUCAGCCGAUGACACUAUUUUCUUAAAGACCAUGUCUUGAAUUGAAAUGUGCGUAAGGGGUGCCAAACAAUGAUAGCUCCUCCCUAUCCAGGAUAAACGAAGCAUAAUAGGAAAAAAAAGAAAACGAAUGUACAGAUAGGUAGCACAAUUCACUAAUACUUACAAGCUCAAUAUUCAUUGUUCACUCCAUUGGCGGCCAUUGGCGUGAAAGGGUUAAAGACGCCAAAACAAUGCUGAAGACAGGAUGCUGUCUGAAUCUCUAGUAACUCGAUUUAAUCGUAGCAGGAUGGAGGAGCACAUCAAUGCUAUCCUUCGAGAAAUGGAGUUCAAUACGGAGCUUUUCGAGACACUUUUGUCUUCCUACCCUGCCCGUCUUCAAGCUGUUCCUGACUCCAAUGGAGCGAACACUGAAUACUAAGCUUAUAAGUGUAAACCCACAAUGAAUUGUGCAACCUAUCGUUUGUUUCUUAUCGUGCUUCGCUUAUCCUGGGUAGGGAGGAGCUAUCAUUGUUUGGUACCCCUUAGUCAUAUAAUCUUACAAAAUAAUUUUUAAAAGAAUUUCCUUAUACAUUCUACUAAUAUUUCAAAACGCAUAAUGUAUUUCUCGUGUUUCAAUACUAACAAGGUGCGAUCUUUUUGGUAUCAAAGGUCUGUGGUGAAAAUCACAAACAUGACAAACAUGAAGUCUUGACUAUACUACAGGCUGUAUAAUACCAGGCGUUGAUAAUGAUCAGAAUAACUUGAAAUUACCAGCAUGAUAACUGUAACUUAAACAUAUAAGUCCCUAACAUUGUUAUAUAAAUGGAGUUAAAGUAAUCUUCCCUCAACCUCAAAAAAGAAAGCAAAAAUACGUAAAGAAAAAACCCGAUAUCGUGCGUACAAACGGAUGAGUCUUAACCCAGAGGUUGAUAAUGAACAUUAUGUAUAUAUAUAUAUAUAUAUAUAUAUAUAUAUAUAUAUAUAUAUAUAUAUAUAUAUAUAUAUAUAUAUAUAUAUAUAUUACAUAAGGUGACUCUCAAUAGCAUUUUCAUGUCAUAGAACAGGAUUGAAAGCUACUCAUUUUCAUUUUUACAUAUGUGAAUUAAAGAAACGAAUAAUCAGUGUUUGAAAAGAAUAAUAACUGAAUACAUUUGUUUAUUGUAGAAAAUUACCUUUUCUUAUACAUGCAAUAAUUUAGAAUGCCAUUUGAGUGAACGUAAUGAUGUAAGUACAUUAUAUUAUGCUAUAAACCUUAUUUCGGAAGGUAUGAUAUGUGUGUGUGUGUGUGUGUGUGUGUGUGUGUGUGUGUGUGUGUGUGUGUGUGCUUAUCUUCGUCACGUGUUCAGUUCUUUCCUCAAUACAGCCGAGUGUUGAGUUGGGUUCGUGAGUGUGUUUGUGCUGGAGGACAGACACUGUCUCUGUGGCUUCUUUAACCAUCAUUCUUUUUAGCAAAUUUGAUUGAUUUUAUGACUAUUGGCUUAUACUUUUUUUUUUAUACCAUGUGGGCUUUUCACGGGAAUUUAUGGGCUAAAGGGGAUACUUAUUAAGGGUACCUCCUAUUUCAAAGCCCACCCGCUUGGAAACCGUUGCCCCGAGUGAGGAAGCCCAACCUACACUCAGACCGUAGACAGGAUUCGAACCCGUGCGCUUGGAGACCCCUCGGAUCCCAAAGCACGCACGGAUCCACUGUACUUAGAUAAGAAACUCGGUUGAUCGUUUAAUAGGUACUGAAGGCUUGUAUGGUUUGCUGCUGCACAUCUCAACUCUUAAUAACAAUCUUUUAUUUAUCUAUUUGUUGGCAGCAUGUAAGUGAUUUUUGGUCAUUCAUGAUACGGCUUGAAUAGCGGGUAUUGACUACUCACACAACGACCCACCCACUGACGCACACACACACACACACACACACACACACACACACACACACACACACACACACACACACACACACACACACACACACACACACACACACACACACACACACUAACAGUAUUGAGAUUGAAUAGCUACUUUUCAUGUGAUGUUUUUUCACAACUGUACUCUCAUUACUUCAUUCUUCUUGCCUUUCACCUCACCUUCUUUUUCUUUUCUUACACUAUAUUUAUGAAUGCUACCGUUGAUUUUGCCUAGCCAUCUAUUUAUAUUUUCUUUCUAUGAGUGUGGGGUUUUAGUUCAAUUUAUUGCUAUAAGUUGUGGGAUUGUAUAUACUAUCACCUUUAUUUUGAGGCACGACCAGAGUUUGUGCUUGAUUUAUGUCACAUUGUUCCUGGUUCCCUUUGCAGCCUGUGAGAUGUUAGUAGGAGUAAGAAACAAAUCAUUGCUUUGACAUAACAGUUUAUCAUAUUUGGUAUAGACAUCAUGAUACAAAGUAUACAAAGUAGUUGUCAUAACUAUUUGGUGUGUUUAUAUUACAACGUAUAAAAUAGUACAUACAAUAUUUUGUGACAUGACUACAAUAUGAAAGAAAUUGCAUAAGUCACCCAACGCCGACACGACUAGUAUGUGUUUAUUAUUAUAGUUCUUUGGAGUAUUGUUACCGAGACGUCACUGGGUCUCGCUCUCUUAUUUCAUCUAUUUAGAGUUUUCUUUCUCUCUUUAAAACCCAUGUCUGAUCAACUUGGUAAAACCUUAAAGCUACGAGGAAAUAUAAAUAUAGUGACAUAAGUUACCUUAUAUACGAAGAGCCUUAAUAUUGUAACUUUUCCUUCUACAAAGUCAACUCUAAAAAUUAUGAUCACUUUUCCUGGUCAGCUUGGGUUUUAUGAGGAAGAUAUUGGCUGUCUGCCGUAUGAGCAUUAUGUAGAAGGAACUUGACCAUUAUGUGCAAAAAUACUUAGUCCCUUUGGCAACGACUGGCAAGGAAAAGAGCUUAUAUCACUGCAAGCAUCAACUUAAAAUAUGCGCAUACCUGCUGCUCUCACGUCUCCUCAUCCACACCUCACGAUGAGUAAAGAAAGCUUCUCACAAAUUACCGCUCGUGAGGGGUUCCAUGGAUGAAGUGACUUGCACACACACACACACACACACACACACACACACACACACACACACACACACACACACACACACACACACACACACACACACACACACACACACACACACA